AUGGCAGCGGGAUCCCUGCUCGCAAGGAUCAAAAGUGAAGCUUCUGUCCACGUGGCUCAGUUGGUACAAGGAGGCACAGAAUCGCACAAUCAGUACAAAGCUGCCUCAGUAACCACGAACGGUCUGGGCAACUCGGGAGCUCACGCGAUGCACGCAUCGACAGGCUAUUCGGGCACCGCGCCUAUCCCUCGCACCCCCCAUCUUCGCCCACGUCAGGGGCACAACCGGCGGGCGGUACCUGAAACUCCCUCCCGCGCUGUCUUCCAACAAGCAACGGCAGGGGAGAAGAUGGAGACACCGGGGGACCAGGGUGAACCUCCCGAUGCCCUGGGAAGCAAACUUCGACAUCAGCGGGCACCCGAUGGUGGACCCCAUCAACACACGGGUUCGCUCCUUGACUCGGUCGAAUUCCACCUCACGGGCACAGAUGGAUGCUCACCACUUGUCUAG